AUGAGUGUUCUAUCGUCGUCAGUAGACCCAGUAACACUCAUGAUCAGUGAGUGUAUGACGAUUUCCCUGGCCAUGAGAAAGGUAUCCUUGUGGUCCCAGACAGGAAUGGCCGCCAUCUUGGGAGCUGGCGAUCUUUUUGUUGACGAUGAAGCCAUAACCAGAGGAAUUGGAUUUGGCUCUUCUGGUUCGAGACAUGCGGUGUCCAAUGACAAUCCCCUCUUAUCGUCGUUUAUUCAGCUUCGUUCCAUGCUCACAGACUCUCAGGAUGUGUGCAAACUCGACAGUUUGACCCUUCUUCAACCGUUCCUCAUGGUGAUCAAGUCCUCUUCAACAUCUGGACGUAUAACUGCAUUGGCGCUCAGCUCGCUCCAAAAAUUUAUUCGCUACGAUAUCAUCAAUAUUCACCUGAAAAAUGUCCAAAAUGCCAUGGUUCAGAUAGUGACAUCGUUAACCCAUUGUCGAUUUGAAGCCGCGGAUCAAAACUCAGAUGAUGCAGUCCUCCUCAAGGUACUUCGUCUUCUUGAACUGAUCUUGGAAUCGCCAUUGUCCAAUUUACUUCCCAACGAAAUAGUAUCGGAAGUGGUACAGACUUGCUUGUCCCUAGCAUGUAAUAAAAAGAGAAGUGAGGUCUUGCGAAGAGCGGCGGAGAUGACCAUGGCACUGAUGACUUUGCGUAUUUUUAGCCAGUUGAGGAUCAUCGAGCCUCCAAAACAUCAAACUGAAGACGAGAUCCCUAGCUCUUUUGACGCAACAAAAUUGCCCGAGGAUGUCAUUGGUGCGGGUGGACCUUCAACAAGAGAGCAAACCCCAGCUUUGAGUACAAAAGAUUCCAAAGAAGAACCUGAAAGUGAUGCCAAGGAACACGAAAAUUCAGCCGAAAUCCCAGAGAACAAGGAGCCUCCAAAGACUGGUACAGAGGUAGAGGCAGAAUCAGUGGAACCAUUUGGCCUCCAUUGUAUUACUGAGCUCAUGUCAAUCUUGAUCUCUAUGAUUGCUCCAUCUAAUCAAUAUCAGCAUAUGGAGUCUACUCGAGUAUUUGCGCUCGUUCUCAUUAACAAUGCCAUUGAGGUAUCCGGAAGAGAUAUCCCUCGUCACUCGCCAUUGAUGGUGCUUGUUUCCGACUCGGUAGCUAAGCACGUUUUACAGAUCAUCACCACUACCGAGUCUCCACCAUUAUUAGAGGCCGCUUUGCAACUUUUCACAACAAUGGCCAUCGUUUUGGGUGACCAUUUGAAGGCACAGCUAGAACUUACACUUACACUUUUGUUCCGUACUAUACUUCCAGAAGCCGAAACGAAAUCGAUUCCAGAGAAACAGAAGAGCAAUCAAUCUAACCUGAGUGUGGUCAAAUCAAAUGAUUCAUCUAUCACUUCGCGUUCAGCAGCAUCCAAAGAAAGACUUGUUGAAUCUCUUUCCCUUUUGUGGACGAGAUCACCUUUGUUUUUCACGAAUUUGUUCAUCGACUUUGACUGUAACUUUGAACGCUCCGAUUUGGCCUUGCUGUUUUUGAACUUUUUAUGCAACUUGUCGCUUCCUGAAUCUGCAAUUGCUACGACAGAUAAUGUACCUCCGCUCUGUUUGGAAGGAAUCUUGACUUUUAUCGGAGGCGUGAACGAGAGAAUAAAACAGCUUCCAGAUGGGCAAGAUUUGGACAACCUUCCUAUUCAUGACUUUAUCAAAAACAAAGAGAUGAAAACAUCUUUUAUAAAGUGCACUGAUAAAUUCAAUGUGAAACCAAAAGAAGGUAUUAAGCAAUUGGCCGAGAAGGGCUUUAUCAAGGACGCCAACGAUCCUGAUUCCUUAGCUGCCUUUUUCUUUGAAAGAUCUGGAAGGCUUAACAAAAAAACGUUGGGCGAAUAUCUCGCCAAACCAGAGAACAUAGAAGUGUUGAAGGCAUUCAUAAAUCGUUUUGAUUUCAGUGGAUCAAGACCGGAUGAAGCAUUGCGUAUGUUAUUGAAAGCUUUCAGACUUCCAGGUGAAGCACAGCAAAUUGACCGGGUAGUCGAGUGCUUUGCUGAUAGAUAUGUGUCAUGCUUGGAAGCCGAAUGCGAACAACGAAACGAAAAGUACGGCAAAGAUGAAAAGGAAGAAGGUAAAGAUAUCGCAUUGAGUGAUGAAGAGGAACCUGUUUACCCCACAAGAGAUGCAGUCUUCAUUCUUUCUUUCUCUAUCAUUUUAUUGAACACAGACCUUCACAGCUCAAAGAUCAAGAAGCAAAUGGACUUUGAUGCCUACAAGACUAAUUUGCGUGGUUUUUAUUAUGGUGGAAACUUUCCUCCUUGGUAUUUAUCAAAGAUUUACAACUCUAUCAAAGACAGGGAAAUCAUCAUGCCUGAAGAACAUCAUGGAACCGACAAGUGGUUUGACGAUGCGUGGAAUAAUAUGAUUGCAACUCAGGCAAGACCAUCGGCUUCAUUGGAUAUCCAACAUUCAAAUCAAUCUGGAGAGAAUACGGUUGGCUCUUCCAACAAAUAUGAUCUCCUUCAAAUUUGUCAAUUUGAUCAAUACUUAUUUCAAAAUGCGAUGGAAAAGAUUAUUCACACUCUCGUGAGUGUUUUCAACAGUGCUUCCGAUGAUCAUGUUAUCACCCGGCUCAUGGCAUCAAUUGAUAAAUGUGCCAAUAUCUGUAUGUAUAGUGAUCACACUGAGGCUAUCGAUACAUUGAUUGGUUUGUUGGCAGAGCUGACGCUUCUUACAAAAAAGCAGUAUCGUAUCGGAAAUUUGGACGAAAACAUGAGAGAAGAUAUUCCGAUCACACAACUAAAGAUUGACAAAAAAGACAACCCCAUCACUGUCAGCGAGAUGGCUGUUUUCUUUGGAAGAGACUUUAAGGCCCAAAUUUCCACCGUUGUCUUGUUCAGAUUGGUCAAGAAGACUGGUUGCAAAGUGACUGAUUCAUGGACAAAGGUUGUCAAAGUGAUACUCACGAUUCUUGAAAAUUGUUUGCUUGACCCUAAUUUAUUUGUUGACUUCCAACGCAAGGUUAAUUUGACACCUUUGCCUAAGGUUAAGCCGAAAUACAUCAUUAAUCGGGUAAAGCCUUUGAAUAACUCGGGUAUUUUCUCCACAUUUUCAUCGUUUUUGAAAGGGUACUCAGAUGAUCCGCCAGAACCAAGUGAUCAAGAGAUCGAAUCGACCCUUUCGACCAUUGAUUGCAUUAAUUCUCUUAACAUACCAGCAGUUCUUGAGACUGUUGCAAAGGGGGACAUCGAAGAUCUCAAAAAGCUUGUGUACUUUUGCCUUGAUAAUAUUCCUGACUUUGAUUCGGAGUCAAAGCGUUAUUACGAGCCAGAAGUUUUGUUCAUUUUCGAAAUUUCGGUGUGUUUCCUGUUAUUGCUGGAUGAUCAAGAAGUUAUCAAUGAUGUACUUUCACAGGUGAGCGAGAUGAAGGACUUUAAAGAAUUCAGCAAAAAGGGUGUUUUAAGACUCUGCAGCUACACAUUUUUGCUUUUGCGCAAAAGCAACAAUCUUGACUCUUCACCUAUCUUGACAUCAACGAUCCAAAAGAUGCUCAGUUUGGAAAAGGAAACGAUCAGCAAACAUGGAUCCCAAGCGUUAAAGCCACUUCUUUCGCUUGUGGAUGACGAUACAAUGUUCAAAGACAGCUUAAUGGGCGAUGAAGAUUUCUGGAAGCUAUUGAGAUCAUACGGUUCGAUUCCUGUUCAUUCUAAAGAGGUAUUUGAAUAUGCGCUGUCACUUGUUAAACUGAACAUCUCUGGUGUCAAUUCGAAGAACUACAUGCCCUUUUUGGCUCUUCUAGACGAACUAUCAUCUCUAGGGGCUGCGGGUUCAAGGCUCGAGCAAGAAAAUGAAAGGCGCGUAAAGGCAGGGGAAGAAACAGAAAAGGAGAGUGAGUUGGUAUUAGAGAUUUUGGAGGUUUCCAAGAAGUCCAUUUCACUUACUGCUGAAUUGGCAUCUAUAAAGUCCAUCACCGAAAAGGAACUCAAGAACAAAGAAUUUGGUUAUUCAUUGAUUCAAGCCCUCGCUCAUCAAUGCUUCAACCCAUGCCGAGAGAUAAGAUCCUACGCACUUACCACAUCGCAACCUAUAAUUAUGACCGCAGAGUCUGCUUAUGACGGUAUAACUCCACUUGGUGUAUUUGAGUUUGGACUUUUCCCGCUUUUGACCGAACUUUCCAAGCCAGAAGUCUUGCAAACAGACCCUAAUGGAUUCCUGAGAACUCACGCAGAAGUACUUUCGUUAGUGGGGAAGGUUUUCCUAAAGUAUUACAACACUUUCUCUGGCGAAGAACUCGAAAAGGUUUGGCUCAGGAUUUUGGAUGGGUUCAUUGCAUUGCAGAAUCUUGAAAGUAAGUUUUCUAAAAACAAGGAGCCCUUAAGGGAAUCAGGCUCGGAGGUUUUGAAGAAUAUGGUGUUGGUUCUCAACAGUGCAGAUGUAUUGGUUCCAAGAAAUGAAGCCCUUUGGAACGAAACCUGGUCCAAAAUCGACGGUAUAUUCCCUGAGCUUCGUGAAGAAGUAAAAACUCCGGAGGUGACAGAGAAAAUAGAGACAAGCGAACCAGCUCCGGCAAAAGAAGAUGGGGUCACCUCUGCCCCCACAGAGUAG